AUGUUGAAUUUUAAAAUUUUUGCCCUGCUCCUGUUGGUCAUCCCCCAAAUCCUGGCAGCCGGCAUAUGGUAUCGUACAAAGUCGCUGGAAUCCCAUGAGUCCCUGGAAUCGCCUGAAACAUUGGAAGUAUUCGAUCGUUCUCUGGAGGAUCUACAUCAUGUGAAGAUCAAUUGGCAACCGGUGUGGGAUGAUAUUGCUGGGGAAAAUGAAUUUGUUGUCAAGGCAGUUGGUAAAAAAGGCAAAUGUACAGGGGACUCCAGCAAAGGCUUGGCAAACCUCUUCAACCAAUCGCGGAAACUUAUACCCUGGGACAGUGUUAAACAAAUCGUUAAAUCCUUUGCCGAUGAUCCUGAAUUCAAGGCCCUAAAAGAUUACAUCGAAUCUGCUGACUACAAGGAAAAGGUCGCCCUCAUACGCAGCUCCGAGGAGUACAACAUUUUCAAUUCCUUUGUGUGUAAUGUCCUACAUCUGGAUUUGCAACAGGAUGGCCACUAUGUUUCCCGGAAUUUCCUUCGCAGGGCACCAGAGACCGGCAUCAGAGGUCUUAUAUAUAAAAUUCAAUCGGUAAUCCCGCGACAAAAAUUGAGAGAUUUAUAUGCUCACUUAAUCUCCACCGAUGAUCAGCUGUUGCGAGAAGUGACCAGCAUGAAAUCGAAGGAAUUUGAGCGAAUUGUUAAACGUUUGAGAAAUAAUGUCCCAGCCUACAAGGAACUUACGGUGACCCUGUAUCAUUUGGGUGUUCCGCUGGAUCAGUUGAAGGGUGUGAUUAGUGAUGCCCUGGGCUGGGAUAUGGAUUGGGAUACCAUACCAUAAGGAGGUGAGAGAGACAGAGUAGAGAGAGGGAGAGGAGUAGAGAACCCUCUUUCAGAAGCAUAAC